AUGACUGCGUUUAUUGACCAAUCACGAGCUACGCGCGCAAAAGUCAACUGGGACCAGGUUUACAAGACUGCUUCCUCGAUCAAGGGGCAGCCUUGUACCGCUAAUAAAAACGAGUUCUCAGGUGGUUGCAACACAGUCUAUCCCAUCACAUUCGAGGAUGGCACGAGCUGGGCACUUCGUGUCCCACACGACAUGAUCAUGACGCCCGUCGAGCCCACGGUGACAACAAUGGACUAUGUUAAGAAUACCGUACCCACUAUACCCAUCGCGACUGUGUAUGCUUGGUCCGACAGCGAGGAUGGAGAUGGCGUUGGAACGCCUUAUAUCCUAUUGGACUGGAUCGAGGGGUCAACGUUGACAUGGAACGCGACCUUUCCUCCCCCAGAGGCUCGAGAAAAGGUCCUGGCUCAGCUAGCCCAGUACUCUGUCGACAUGUUGGUGCAUACCACACAGCAGAUACAAUCCAGCACUGGCACCAUGUCAGCGCUUGCUUGGACGCUCAGGAGGAUCGAUUCGCGCCUCAGACGUAUCUUCAAUGGUGGCCUCCCAUUAUUAGACCCUGUUGACUGUCUGAUCUAUCGUGCCAUGGCCGAAGAAAAGUACCACAUUUCGUCCUUGGACACCUUGCCGUUUCCACUUAUGCAUACCGACCUCAAUCCGGGGAAUAUUCUUGUUGACGGCGAUUUUAACAUCACGGGGAUUUUGGACUGGGAUGAUUGGGUUUGUCGAUUACCCCUACAAUUUGCCGUGAGGUGUCCCGCAAUGAUAGCUCUCCGUGACGACCCUUCACCCGAUGAUUUGUUCCUCAAAGAUCGUCUUUCCUUCAUCGAGCAUUUUGCAUCUUCUCUCCACUCCUCUGGCGUCCCUGAUGAUACCAUUGCUCAAUUACUCCCCAUAGUAGCAGAUGAGGAGCAGCAAGCAUUUCAAUUGGCAAUUGGGAGUAAAGGUUUUUAUGCUUAUUGGGUGGGGAAGUAUUUAGUUCGUCGUGCUGAAUGGUUCAACGCAGCUGCUGGCGCCCUUGACAGAUUUGUCCAGGGUAACCCAGAGAUGGCUGGCUCAGCUGAAAGCCAGAAAAGUAAGGCCCUUAACCAAGUACUUAUGUCCUUCCCACCCUCAGCGCAUGUUUCUUUAGAAGGAAUUUUAUCUUUCGGCUAUCACACUCGCGUCGCGAAAUACGACGACGAGAACAUCGAGUGGACGACCGCACACAAUUUCACCGAUAUCACUCACCUUAAUUAUUCCUAUGAACUUCGACUAAGUAAGACUCGGACUCAGACUCGGAGGUAUAAACCCAUCCGGAACUGGAACAGGGAAGAAUUCCUGACAAAAAAACUCGUAUAUAAUUUAUGCCCUGAGCGCUUCUGUGCGGACCCAGGCGUCGCCGUGCCUUGGGAAUAUGCCAAAAGUACGCAAUCACUGUUCCUGCAUUUCCAAAGUGACGGUUGUAGCGCCGCAUUACCUAACAAACGCGCUGUCCUGAAGUAA